AUGGCUGGAGCCGCUUCUUCUGAUCGUCUCGUAUCUAACUUCCCUCUUCUGGAAACAGAAGAUUUGUUUCAGGAGUUGUCUUUAGGUUCAGAUGCAAGUGAUGUCCCUAGGAACCGUAAUAAGGGUUCUUUUCAGCACCAGUAUGCUCAUGUACCUUAUGGUGCAUCUUCUCAUGGAAGAGAAGGAAGGCCUAAUAUGAAUGUUGGUAGUCUGCUACAUGGUGGAGACUCAACUGGUUCUUACCCGUGGGGUUAUAUGCCAGCAAACUAUUCUUCUGGUGGCUACCGGGAUCCGAGGUUCGGUUAUGACCACAACAGCGAUCACAAUACCUUCUCACAUCUCAUGAAUCCACACAGCUCACGAGAAGCCCUGAGUUUUGACCAAUUUGGAUAUAACGAUCAUUUGUAUUCCAACAAUGGAUUGUAUGGACUUUACGGGAAUGUAAUCGACUCUGGUCAUGCAUAUGGAACUUUUGGUUAUGAUUCCUGGAAACAUGGGCGAGGUUGGUAUCCUGUUGAUGGUUAUAGAAAGACCAGAAGCUUCAAUUACGGGCGUAGUUAUAGUGAAGAGAAAGCAGAUAGGCUUAAUGAGCUUUGUCGAGGACCAAGGAGUACUGAUUUCAAGAAUCCUCAAGGUCUUAACUCUACAAUGCUAGAGACAAUGAAGGAAGACGUUUCAGCGAUAGAUCUCCUGCGCUGCUACAACGGGGAUACUUUCCCUGAAACAUUCACGAGAGCGAAAUUCUUUGUGAUAAAGUCCUACAGCGAAGAUGAUGUUCAUAACAGUAUAAAGUAUGGCGCGUGGUCGAGCACACCAACUGGCAACAAGAAGUUGAAUGCUGCAUAUUAUGAAGCCAAAGAGAGUUCCCAAGAAUGUCCUGUGUAUCUUCUAUUCUCGGUGAAUGCAAGUGGGCAAUUUGUCGGUCUUGCGGAGAUGGUAGGUCCUGUUGAUUUCAACAAAACAAUGGAGUAUUGGCAACAAGAUAAAUGGAUUGGUUGCUUCCCUGUGAAGUGGCAUAUAAUCAAAGACGUACCAAACAGUCUCUUGAGACACAUAACGCUUGUGAAUAACGACAACAAGCCCGUCACUAAUAGCAGAGACACACAAGAGGUGAAUCUAGAACAUGGAAUCAAAAUCAUAAAGAUCUUCAAGGAGUAUAUGAGCAAGACAUGUAUACUUGAUGAUUUCAAGUUCUAUGAAACAAGACAAAAGAUCAUCAGAGAUAAGAAGAUCAAGCAAAAGAAACAGGCCAUUGAUGGAGCUUCUUCUGUGGAAACGAUUCAGUUGUGUUGA